AUGCCGGAAGGCUCUGGGAAUCAGGGCAAACAAGGGUCACUGGUCCGCUCUAGUCCUGAAACGACAGGAGCUCGCGGCGCCCAAUCUCCAAGCCAGAGGAAGCAUCUCCCGGCCCCCUCGACGAUAAGCCAUCCAUACAACAAAUCAGAGCCCAGAGAAAAGCGCCGUUUUCCUUUUCCCCGUCCCUCCUGCGAGAGAUGCCCGAAACCGCCGCGCGCCGCCUCUGGGGCCGGCCUGGCUUGCCAGCCGCAGACUCUAGGGGGCACCAGCCAAGUGCCCUGCCGGUACCGCCCUCCCCCCGGUAACGUGAGCAGCUGCGGCCCGUCGUCGGGGAGCUCGGGCUGCCAUCGCGGCUGCCGGAGCGGCGUUUGCGGCGGCCGCGGCACAGAGCCCACCCCCGCCGCCUUCCCAGCCAGUCCUGGGUCUUCGCCCCCGGGGCAGCUGCCACCCCAGCAAUGGCUCCUCCUCCUCAAGACAACAGAGGCCGGCGGCGAAUCCCAGAGGUUUAACACCCCCCUCACCCCGGGGCUAGGCCCGCUAAAGCAGACAAAUAAAGAGAACAGCACUCACAAUGGGGGGCUCUGCUCCGCGGUUUCGGCCACAGCUGCACCAGAUGGGGCUGGAAGCGAUGCCUGGUCCUGGGAAAACAGAGAAGAGAUUGGAACGAGAAUCGAGCGGACCCAAGAAGGCCGCGUCCCAACCCCGCGUCCCCCCGCCCCGGGGGAGGGGGGGAGGAGGUCGGGCCUUCUUUCCUUCCCUCGUAGCCCCGAGGGCCGCCCCCCACCCCUGCACCCAGAGCUCCUGUCUAGGGAAGCGGAACAAGGCGAGAGGCAACACUGGCCACCGCGCAUCCGCGCCCUCUCCUCAGGGAGGGGGGAAGCGAGAGCCUCGACGCCAGGAGGGAGAGGAUGUUCUUUCCGAAGGGGGCCCGGCCGGCCGCCUCUUCCACGAAUCCAGACGCCCGCACCGCACUCCCGGACAAAUCACGUCACCGCCGGGCCGCGAACUCCCCAUCUGCCCCCAGCAGUUGCCCCGGGCCCGGGGCAAACAAUACGGGAGACGCAGGAGCGGCGCAGGGCAGCGCCUGGGACGGCGGGGGGCCGACGACCGGGCUCUCGCGGGGGAGAGGGCAGCCCCCCCAAUAACUCGGGAAAAACAGCGGCGGCGGCAGCCCGCCUCAGGCGGGGGGCGCCCCGGUCCUCGCCGCCGCCACCACCCCCCUCCAGCGCCCUCAGCGGCGCCUCCCCCCUCAGAAACAGAGACGGAAAGGAAAAAUACCCCGGCCUCCGAACGCCCCGACUGCCAAACCCGCGGGGCUGCCCCUCCGCGGCCUCGUCUCCCCGCCGGGGCCCCGGCCCUGCCCCUAGCUCCGCCUCACAGCCCGCCGAGCCGGGCCGUGCUGCGCCGAAAGGGCCUCGGACCCGAGGGGAGGGAGGAAGCCCGGGGCAGCCCCCGAGGCCCUGCGCGGCCGCUGCGCCGCACUACGGGGUAACAAGCCCGAGGAGGUGGGAGGCUCCUUUGGCGGCUCACCCGUCUCCGCCUCCCCAGUCGCCUCCUCCGGAGGCAGUGCUGCCCCCAGCCACCCCCACCAUCGGCGGACUUAGCUGGGGAAAGAGUGGGGGAUUAUCCUCACCCGGUUCUGGCUGCGGCUCCACGGAACGAACCUCCCCUCCCCCGCCCCACCCCCCCCCUUCGGUAACACGCACAACUCCACUCGGUCCAGUCCCGGGCUAA